AUGCUCGAAGCUCAGGAUCAUCUCGACCAGCAACCACGAGCCGCCCACUACGGCCCAGCCGCCAUCCCGGACCUGAAGCGCGCAGGCAUCUUGGACGAGGUCCGUCGUCGGGGGCCGACGGUGAGCACGUUCGUCUGGCGGCGUCUCGAGGACCACAGUGUCAUCGCCGGCUUCGACGCAGGCGUUCUUUCCGACAUCAACGGCGACGACCUGCGCACAGCAUGUCUGGUUCUUCAGGAUCUCGAUCAGCUGAUGCUGGACGAGUUUCUGGGGAAACACAACGGAACCAUCAGCUGGGAGCAUCGUGUGGUCGGCUUGGGCCAAGAUGACGAACGAGCCUGGGUGGAUGUUGAAACACCACAGGGGAAGAAGAAAAUCGAAGCAGACUACAUCGUCGGGUGCGACGGGGCCAACAGCGCAGUUCGAAAGGGGCUGUUUGGGGAGGAAUAUCCCGGCUGGACGUGGGACGCCCAGAUCGUCGCGACGAACACGUACUACCCCUUCGAGAAGAAGUUCGGCUGGGACGAUGCCAACUUCAUCAUCCACCCGGAACACUUCUUCAUGGCGGCGAAGAUCACAAAUGACGGCAUGUACCGCGUGACGUACGGCGAGGAGUCCAACCUCUCGCACGAAGAGCUCAGAGCACGCCAGGAGAAGAAGUUCAAGAUCAUGCUGCCUGGACGCCCUGACCCGGGAGAGUACGAGGUCGUCAACUUCGCCCCUUACCGCAUGCACCAGCGGUGCGCGCCGAAGUUCCGCGUGGGCAGGUUCAUGCUGGCUGCCGACGCCGCGCACUUGUGCAACCCUUGGGGCGGACUCGGGAUCACCGGCGGGUUUGUGGAUGUUGGCGGGUUGUAUGACUGUCUUGCGGGCAUAUGGGACGGGGUAGCGGAUGAAAGCAUUCUGGAUCUAUACAGCGAGAAGAGGAUUGAGAAGUGGAAGACGAUCAUUGAUCCGAUUUCGCAGGAGAACUUCAGAAGGGUGUCGGACAAGGACCCCGGUACCAGGGUAAAGAGAGAUGGGUUCAUGCAAAUGUGUCAGCGAGCUGCAAAAGAUGAGAACCACAUGCGGGAGUUGAUGCUGGGGAGCUUGGCUGUGAGAUAUGAUUUCACGCAGCAUUACAACAAAGUAGACGGCUAA